AUGUUGGCAGAAUGGAAGACGCUAAGCUCUAUUAGCCUAUUAAGUCUGUUAAUUAAGUUAAUUAAUCUGAGCAGGCGUUCCGGAGAUUAUGUCGCACAGUUCGUCUACAUGCUUCAACCAACUGCGGAUGUCCAGCAGUUCAUGAAGGCUUGGGAGACUAUUGUUAAAGCGGCACCCAUUCUGCGCACUCGCAUCAUCGACGUACCGGGAUACGGUCUUAUGCAGACUAUGAUUAGUCAGCCGGCCAAAUGGACCCGCCUGGGCGACACAAUCACUCUUCACACCUAUCGAAGAGCGGAUCACGAGCUCGCCACUGGUCUAGGUACCCCAUUGACACGAUAUACAGUGUUGCGGACACCCGAGGACGGCAGCCGGUACUUUGUAUGGACCAUCCAUCAUGCUCUUUAUGAUAGCUGGUCGAUCUCUCUGAUUCUGGAACGACUCGAAGGCUUUGUGGCUCCUCUCACCCCCCCGCCGCCCUUUCAGAGCUUUGUUAAACACAUCACUGAUAUCGACAAGAGCGCUGCAGCAAAGUACUGGGAGCAGCAGUUCCAAGGUUUAGAAGCUCAAGUCUUUCCGCAACUACCCUCAAACACUUACCAGCCACUUUCUACGGCAUCCAUCAAGCGACGCCUUCAUGUGCCGCACUGGCCGGACACAGGAAUUACGCCGUCCAGUGUAUUACGAGCAGCAUGGUCUCUCUUGGCGUCAAAGUAUGCCGAUGGCACCGAAGUCAUUUUUGGCGUCACUGUAGCUGGACGACAGGCUGCUGUGACCGAUGUUGAGCGGAUGAUGGGACCAACCAUAGCUACUGUUCCUGUGCGUAUCACUCUUGACUGGUCACAGAUGACUGUCGAGCAGCUGCUGCGGCAGGUUCAGGCACAAUCAGUAGGGGUGAUCGCAUAUGAGCAGAUGGGCCUACAAUGCAUUCGACGCAUAAGUCCCGAGGCUGACAGAGCAUGCCAAUUCCAGACCUUGCUCGUUGUACAUGCUUCCGAGGAGGACGAUCCGCGACAUCAAUGUACAAGCAGCCGCUGGUUCAUCAGCAAGCGAGACGAAGAUGGUUGGGAUGAUACUCAUGUUACAGUGGCUGAUACGCACGCUCUGGCGCUUGAAUGCGAUCUUCAGAGAUACGGAUUGCGAUUGCGAGCCGCACAUGACACCAACGUGAUCGAUGCCGACCGAGUCCAGCGGUUAGCAGUGCAGUUUGAGCAUGUCAUUCAGCAGCUGUGUGCGUCAAACAAUGCCAGCAAAUGUCUGUCAAGACUCAACAUGUUAUGUGAGCAAGACACCCAUGAUAUAUGGAGCCGGAAUGCGGUCUUGCCAGAAGCUGAUGACUCCUGCUUGCAUGACCUUGUCACAAAGACGGCUGGCAAUCAGCCUCAGGCCAUGGCCAUCAACGCAUGGGAUGGUGAUUACACCUACGAAAAGUUCGAGGAAUUGUCUUCGCUUCUUGCCAGGCAGGUGGAUCGGAAUACAAUCGUGCCAUUGCACUUCAGGAAGUCCAAACGGGCCCCUGUUGCGAUGUUGGGUGUGAUGAAGGCAGGUGGUGCAUCGGUCAUGAUGGACUCCCGCCAGCCACCAGAACGCAUGAGGUCUGUUCUCGAUCAGAUCAAGCCUGCCGUGUUCAUCACGUCAGCAGGCGAUGAAAAGUUUGUGAGCAGCCUCAGCGGCACACCAACCAUCGUGCUCAACGACAAACUAAUGAGAGAGAUCGCCAGCUCCGUUGUCGCUGCGGCGAUCUUGCCACAGGUCCAACCAUCAGAUAGGCUGUAUCUGAUCUUCACUUCUGGCAGUACUGGUACACCAAAAGGCGCUCAGAUCAGCCAUUCGAAUGUGUGCAGCGCCUUGCGCUACCAGAGACAGGCUCAUGGCUACACGUCAGAUGCGCGAGUAUACGACUUUGGUUCUUACGCUUUCGAUUCUGUUUGGGUCAACUUCAUGAGCACAUUCACCAUUGGCGGCUGUCUUUGCAUUCCUUCGGAACGAGAACGUAGCGACGAUCUGGCUGCUUCCAUCAAGCGAUUCAAUCCGACCAUCCUCGAUGUCACGCCGUCUGCCGCCACAGUUUUAGACGACAGCACUAUCGCAUCCCUGCGCACUUUGAUUCUGGGAGGGGAGAGACUGACCUCUGAGUAUGCUGAACGAUGGUCUAGGCUUGUUGACAUCAGACUUUCGUAUGGGCCAUGCGAAUGCACGCCUACCGCUACUAUUGCUACCAUCUAUCCCAAUCACGAGGGCGAACCAAAUAUUGGUCACGGAACUGGUUGCCUGACCUGGAUCACAGAUACUGAAGAGGGCAAAACCCUCGUCCCAAUCGGUACGAUAGGGGAGUUGGUGCUGGAAGGACCUCUCGUUGGGCUCGGAUACCUUGGUGAUGAAGCAAAGACAGCAGCAGCCUUUAUCAAGAGACCACCCUGGCUUAGUGCGGUUAGGCAAGAUCGUAGGGGUCCUUUCUAUAGGACUGGGGAUCUUGUGAAAUAUAAUCUCGACGGCACUCUCAUGUUCAUUGGCCGAAAGGACGCCCAAAUCAAGAUUCAUGGUCAACGAGUCGAGCUUGCAGAGAUUGAGGGCUAUAUGGCUCGUCAUAUACGCACACGCCAUGUUGUACAGCACAUUCACGACCUCGAAGCCCUACUGAGAGAGUAUUUGCCGCCAUAUAUGGUCCCUUCUACCUGGGUACCACUCAAAGAUCUGCCUCUCAACGCUUCAGGAAAGCUUAAUCGACAUCUCUUAGAAGACUGGUUGUGCCAUUUAGACUGGCACACUAUUGCCAAGAUCGACACCAUGAGUCACCCGCCCACGACUGUCGAGCCUCAGACACAUAAACAACAUAUCCUACGCAACGCCUGUGGUGACAUCCUGAACUCAACGCCAGCCAAGAUUGAUAUACAGCGCUCGUUUGUUGCGAAUGGCGGUGAUUCGAUAUCAGCAAUGCGUCUGUCGUCUUACUGUCGUACUUUAGGCUUGACACUCUCAGUCUCUAGCCUGCUGAAGGGCAAGUCCCUAAUUAUUGUGGCAGACCCCGCCUCGAUGGAUGCCCCAACACCUGUCUUGACCCAUGUCGAGGUCCUUGAUAAGGCUUUCAGUCUAUCGCCAAUUCAGAGGUGGUUCUUUGAUCAAGCGCCACUGGAGGAACAUCUCAAUGAAAGACACCACUACAACCAAGGCUUCUACGUCAAGAUGAGUCGCUUCGUGUCUCCUCAGAGACUGUCUGUCGCUAUGCACAAGAUUGUUCAACACCAUUCCAUGCUUCGUGUGCGGUUCACGACCUCUAGGGGCGGCUGGACGCAAAGCGCUCCUAGGGUGGAAGACGCUGUCUAUAACUUCAGCUCUGUGGAUGCUCAGAGCUUAUCUGAGAUCACUUCAAAUGCUAUCGAGCUCCAUCGAAGCCUGAACUUUGAGCACGGCCCAGUCUUGGCCACAGCACUCUAUCACCUGACACCUGAAAACGUUCAGUAUCUCAUAUUGGUUGCCCAUCAUUUGGUGGUUGAUCUGGUCUCAUGGCGGAUCAUAAUGGACGAUCUUGAAGCCUUGUUGUCAGACAAGGAGCUUAUUCACAGCACACCAUUCCAGGUUUGGACGCAACUGCAAGCCGAAGAAGUACGUGAUAAUCUUGAUUUCUGGAACUUCAACGAGCGGACUUCUAAUACUACUCACGACCACAUUAUGAAGACCUUCGAGGCGGAUCUUGCCACGACAUCAUUGCUACUCAAGGAUUCUAACAUUGCAUUCAAUUCUGAACCUGUUGAUAUCAUCCUAGCUGCAGUAUGGGAUGCUUUUUUCCGCUCAUUUCCUGAACGGACAGGGCUGACCAUCUUCAACGAGGGUCACGGCCGUGAACCACUAACGGACACAGCUAUCGAUCUAUCUCGGACUGUUGGCUGGUUCACAUCGCUCAGUCCUCUACACGUGGAUCGAAGCGUAGACGAUAGCGCUGUGCACACAGUGAGACUAGUCAAAGAUGCUCGAAGACGUCUCCCAACCAAUGGGCUGGCAUACUGGGUCUCAAGGUUCCUGAACCCGGAUGGUAUCAAAGCCUUUGAGUCGCACAGCUCUCCCAUGGAAGUCCAAUUCAACUAUCUCGGGCAGUUUCAACAGCUCGAGCGAGCAGACUCACUCUUCACUGCCAUAAAUCUCGAUGCCGCUGUGCCUGCAACAAGUCCGCACAUGCCAACCUCUGUCCUCUUUGACAUCAAUGUCAUCAUUGAGGCUGGAGUCGCCAAGUUUUGUUUUGCUUGGAAUCGACACAUCGACCACCAAGAUUCGAUUCUAGCCUGGAUCGCACAGAUCGUACCAUCACUGCAAUCGCUUUGCUACGAACUGCGCGGCAGACCGACAUCACGCACUUUUGCCUUUGAUUCCGCAGUUCUUUGUUCGCACCGUGGCAACAUCCUCCUUGUCGAAAGUGAGAGCUAUGAAGGAGCGCUCGACACAGUGAAGCAUCUGCCGAGGGUCGACUAUACUCAACCUCGACCUCCACACCGAAUCACACUCUGUAGUAUCUCUGGUCAGCCACAUAUCCUGUGCCAGAUUGAGAUCAGUCACGCCAUAUGUGAUGGCGCCUCGACUGCUAUCACUAUAAAGGACUGGGUGAAAGCAUAUUCAGGGGAGCUCGAUGUCCGGGAACUUCAAGAUGUUACUCGGGAUUUCACAUUGGAUUUGGCAGCCCAUUCAAGGGUCGAGAGCACGGCGUACUGGAAGGAUAAGUUGUCCGGUAUGGAGCCUUGCAUAUUCCCUCAUCUUAGGGCCCAUACACCAGCUAUAAGUUCUCAGCCAAAUGGUGUCACAUCUCUUGAGAUUAGAUCGGAAACCCUCAAGCUUGUUGAGCGAUUCUGCAAAUUGCAGGCCGUCACGCUCGCUAGUUUCUUUCAAAGCGCAUGGACUUUUGUAUCAGCUUAUGUCGCGUCUAACAGAAUCUGUUUCGGAUAUCUGGCCUCUGGACGUCAACUGCCUGUCAAAGGCAUCGAUCAGUCCAUCGGUGCCUACGCAAAUGUGAUGAUAUGUCGUGCUGAUCUUAGCCGACAGCAUGAUGAGAAGGGCUUCGUGCACUAUAUCUAUGAGCAAGUCUUGGAAGACAUGGGCUUUCAGCACUGCUCCGUAGCCGAGAUCCAGCACGAGCUUGGCCUGCCGUCACUAUUCAAUACCAUCAUGUCUUUUCAGAAAGAAGAAGAUUGCGUGGGCGAGCAAGAUCCAGAGCACCAGGAGCUGAAUUUCAUCGAGGUUGAUUGGCGUGAUCCAACCGAAUACGACAUCACUAUCAACAUUAAUCAGUCAAAGAUAGCUGUCCGUGUGACUGCAGAAUAUCGUCUAGCCUGUAUAGACUCCGAGCAAGCACGUCGAGUUAUCUCACUCUUAGAGUCGACUAUCAUCUCGCUGGUCACCGAAACUGUUGGACCUUCGACAGCCACACACAGGACACUACCGGAACUUACUGCAACACAAUCUGCGAGUGUGGAUGAUCUGCGAGAUGUCUGGAAUUGGAACAAGAUAGUCCCGGAAACUGUCGACAAGUUAGUACAUCAUACCAUUGCUGAUGUAGCCAGACGAAUCCCGAGAGCACCUGCCAUAUGCGCAUGGGAUGGCGAGUUCACUUAUAGGGAGCUUGAAGCUGCUGCUAACAAACUUGCUCAGCAUCUGGUCAGCCUUGGUGUGGGACCCAAGGUCAUUGUCCCCCUUUGUUUUGAGAAGUCGAAAUGGAUGUCAGUAUCAAUGUUUGCGGUCAUGAAGGCAGGCGCAGCGUCAUUAGCAAUAGACUGCACUCUUCCUAGAGAGCGUCUGCGCAGUAUCAUGCAACAGGUGCACCCUCUUGUGGUAUUGGUAUCUAUUGCGCAGACUGAACUGGCCAAGCAGCUCACGGACAGGCCAAUGCCGGCAGUCGAGAUGCCGGAGGUGAAACCCUUGGAUCAGCUGUAUAUCGUGUUCACAUCCGGCAGUACUGGAGUGCCUAAAGGUGUCGCUACCACACACUCUAAUUUCAGCAGUGCUAUUCAGCAUCAGCAGACUUCUAUGGGGUUCAAGAGCACUUCGUGGGUGUACAACUUCGUCAAGUAUGCCUUUGAUGUCACAUGGUCGAACUUCUUACACACUAUGACCAGUGGUGGAUGCCUGUGCAUCCCAUCUGAAACAGAAGCGAUCGACAAUCUGGCUGACUCCUUCUUGAAGUACAGGGCUAAUUUUAUCGAUCUGACACCUUCUGUCGCAAGCACUAUACGACCGGCUGACCUCCCUGCCUUAAACCACUUAUUGUUUAGCGGUGAGGUCCUGCCUACCCAUAUCGGCGCUCAGUGGGCUGAACGAGCAAUUGUUCUCAAUACAUAUGGUCCUGCUGAGUGCAGUGUUAAAGCAACCUUCGCGAGAAUCAGCGAGACUGAAGCACAAGUUGCCAACAUCGGCCGCGGAUUCGGACUGUGCACUUGGAUCGUGCAGCCUAUCAACCACCCCAAGCUUGUACCAGUAGGUGUUGUUGGAGAGCUUCUGCUAGAAGGCCCGCUUAUCGGCACCGGCUACCUUGGAGAUGUGUCGAGAAUGCAGACAGCUUUCCUCGAAAAUCCUCCUUGGCUCGUCCGCGGAUUGCCGCAUGACGCCUCGUCAGGCGCUCCAAGUCACCCUGGUCGUUAUGGUCGAUUGUAUAAGACUGGAGACCUCGUGAGAUAUGAGUCAGUUGGGACCAUGACCUUCGUUGGCCGCAAUAAUGCUCAAGUCAAGAUCAAUGGACAAAGAGUAGAGCUCGGCGACGUCGAGUAUCAUGUUCGAAACAACAUCGCCAUUGCUGAUAUGCAAGUCCAGGUCUAUACAUCGAUCCUCAUGGUUUUCGUUCAUGUGGUCAAUGAGCAACGCGCUGACGACAGUGCAAUCGAUCGCACUGGACAGAGCGCCAUGAUCCUCACAGGUCUGAAUGAGAGGCUAGCGGCGCACGUUCCGGCUCACAUGAUUCCAUCUGCCUACCUGGUGCUGAAGGAGUUGCCUAUGACGACUACUGGGAAAGCUGAUCGUCGCCGGCUCCGCGAAAUUGGUGAGAAGCUGACAUUCGAGCAGAUUAUGGCGCUCAGUUCUGGCAGUGACGGAGGCCAACAGCCUUGUACAGCUACAGAGCGGCAAUUGCGAAACCUCUGGGCUCAAGUGCUUAGUAUCAAGACAUCAGACACUAUCAAAGUAGAUCACAACUUCUUCCAAAUUGGGGGGGAUUCAAUCAGAGCCAUGAAACUAGUGGGCCUGGCUCGUAAGGUAGGGCUUCAUUUAUCGGUCUCGAGUAUCUUCAAGCAGCCCAUACUCAAGGACAUGGCAAGAUCAACAGGUCAAGUCUCCGGUCUCGAUGAGGACGACAUCCCGCCAUUCUCAUUACUAAUUACCAGGAAGGAUGCUCGAAAGCUACUGGAACAAGCUGCAGAACUGGGUCAAGUUGACAUUGCUCGAAUAGAAGACAUCUUUCCGUGCACUCCACUGCAAGAAGGGCUUCUAGCGCUCACAGCAAAAAGAGCUGGUGACUAUACUGCUCAAUACAUUAUCCCUCUGCAACGCUCAGUCGAUCUUGUACGAUUUAAACGGGCAUGGGAGGAGGUGCUGAGAACGACACCAACUCUGCGCUCCCGGAUCGUGGAUCUUGCGUAUCAAGGACUUGUGCAGGUCAUUCUUGAUCACAAUGUUCAAUGGUCUCAUUACUUCAGUGUCAGCGAGUAUCGAGAAGUUGACGAAAAGGCAGAAAUUGGUUUGGGCAAGCAGCUUGUACGAUAUGCUACCAUCUCCGAGAACAACCAGAGUCGAACACAUUGCUUCGCAUGGACAAUUCAUCACGCACUCUACGAUGGAUCGUCCAUGAGGCUCAUUAUGGGCAGGCUAAACCAGGCUUACCAGGAUACUUUUGCUCUGCAGCCUGCUCCUCCAUUCAGCCGCUUUGUCAGACACAUUCUCAACAUCGAGGAAGGAGAUGCCAACAGCUUCUGGCAAGCACAAUUUGCUGGACUAGAAGCGCAGGUGUUUCCAAAAUUACCUUCAGCAAUGUAUCAGCCAAGGGCGGAGUCAUAUGUCAUUCAUUAUAUCAAAAACGUCACCUGGCCUCGAUCGAGCAUCACUGCUGCUACAGCAAUCCGCUCCUCGUGGUCGAUACUCACAGUCCGCCUCACGAAUUCGAGUGACGUGAUAUUCGGUGUAACGAUGAAUGGUCGCCAGGCUGCAGUCUAUCAGAUCGAUGAGAUGACAGGUCCCACACUCACAACUCUGCCUGUACGAACGAUCUUCGACUGGGAGCAGUCUGUAGAAGCAUAUCUGGAUCAAGUCCAAAGAGAGAUGACAGAAAUGAUCCCGUACGAACAAACAGGUUUGCAGAACACUUCACGAAUCAACAACGAAUGCAGGCAGGCUUGCAACUUCCAAUCAUUACUACUGAUCCACCCUUUUGAGGAGACCAAGGAUCUAGCGAGUUUGCUAUUCGUUGCUCACAAUAACGACGAUCCAGAAGAGGUUGCCUCUAGAGACUUCGCAACUUACGCCCUGACGCUAGAAUGCGAAUUGGAGGAGCACGGUCUGAAGCUCAAAUUCGAAUAUGAUGACGGAGUCAUCGGCAGUAUCCGUGUUUCGAACUUGGCAGACCAGUUCGAGCACAUUUUGCGCCAAUUGUGCGACUCAUCAAACAGCACGAAACGAAUCGCCGAGAUUGAGGCGGUCAGCAAGACGGAGCUCGAUAUCAUCUGGACUUGGAACGCAAAGACGUAUGCGGAAGUGCACGAUAUGUCAACUCGCCUAGCACAUCAUCUAGUACAUCUCGGAGUCGGCUGUGAGACAGUCGUUCCUCUUUGCUUCGAGAAGUCGAAGUGGACGCCUAUUGCGAUGCUAGCUGUGAUGAAAGCAGGUGGCACUUGUGUGACACUAGAUCCCGCCCUACCUCAAGAUCGACUGUUCAAAAUCGUCCACCAAAUCAAGCCAUCGAUCAUUCUGUCUUCAUCAACCAACAGGAACCUUUCUAGUCGAUUAUGCGAGUGGAAGCCUGUCAUCGUUGUCAACGACAAACUCCAAGCGCUAUUUGAUAAGCAGACUUCAAAACUUCCUAGGAUACAGCAUGCUUUGGCCUCUCUUUUCGAGCAAUUCGAUAUGCUAAGGAUGGUCGUCAUCCCGUACAAGAACAUGUUCCUGCAAAUCGUCCUCAGACAUGUUAGCAGCGGCAGUACAGUUUUCGAGAUUGCAGCGGAUAGUCUCGAUGAGUACACUUUGCAUCUGAAGAAUCGGGACCUGCUGUCCGAUCUGCAUUUCGGGGAUGUUGUCACAAAGAUCUUCAUUGUUCGCCAGACCAGAGACCAGAGAUAUCGAAUCGUGGUUCGACUGUCACAUGCUCAGUAUGAUGGGAUAGCGCUCGAAAAGAUGUGGACAGCAUUCGAAGACAGCUACAAUUCAUCAGUGUGUGUCAACGGUGCAAUACCAGCGUUCCCAACUUUUGUUACGUAUACAGUCUACUAA